UUCAGCCAAUCAGAGUGCAGGUUUUGUAGAGGUGGUUAUUCGAAAUCAAAUUUUAGCUUUAUAUGUACUCGCUCAGUGCAUUUCUCCUUGUGCUUUAUUAUUUUUUUGAAGUUCAAGUACUUUAUUAGGCAAAGUUAUAUUUGAGCAGCAACAUCAAAUGACCGUCAUAACUGUACCUUGAAGAACACAUCAUACUAAAGGAGCUAGAGCAUAGCGCUGUAUCAGAAUCAAUUAAUUCAUGCCUGCCGUCAUUGCCUUGCUGAAGGAGUUUGAAGAAGAGCGAGUGUUUGAUUACUGUGUUAAUAAUGGGUUAAUUGGACGUACUAAGACGUGUGAAUGUGGGGGAAAGAUGUCAAUUCACCUGUACAAUGCCGUAAUCGACAAAUUUGCUUAUAGAUGUAGUAGUUGCCGUAGGAGGAAGUCGGUUCGGGAUGGUAUGUUCUAUACUUAAUUAUCUGUGUAGGAACCUUUUUCUCUAAAUCAAAGCUUUCACUGUCAAAUAUUCUCUACCUGAUGUACUACUGGGUUAUGCAGAGACCAGUGAGACGAACAGCUGCCGAAACAGAGAACAGCCUUGUUUCUACGAUGCAGUGGUUUCAGUAUUGCAGAGACAUCGCCGCUUCGAUGAUGAACGAAAUCUCCUCUUCAUUAGGUGGAGAGGGUGUUGUAGUGCACGUAGAUGAAAUUGUUCUUGAUAAGAAGAAGAGUAAAAGUGGACGUAAACUUAUGGUACUUGGACUUUAUGAUACAAAUUUAAAAAAAGGCCUGAUGGAGAUGGUACCUAACAGAAGUGAUGUGUUCCUGUUACCUAUAAUAAAACGCCUAGUCAAGCCUGGAUCUAUUAUCUACACAAAUAACUGGUCAGGAUACGGACAACUGUCUGAAAUGGGUUACGUACAUCAUAUUGUGGAGGAUUCCUCUGGUUUCGUUGAUCCAACUACUGGAAAACGGACUGAAUCUAUUGAGAAACUCUGGAGAUGUUUGAGGAAGACAAUCAAGUCUGUAAGAAGCUCGCAAAACGACCUGUUAAACAGCCACCUAAACGAAGUGAUGUAUAGAAAGUGGUUUAACCUUUCUGUCAAUACUCCAAUGAAGAAUUGGGAGACUUUUAUACAGCAUGUUAAAGAAUGUCAUCCUUUUGAAAACUCAACUAUCUAGUUAUUAUUUUCUAGAAUAUGGCUGUCCGAAUUGUUUACGCACAUGUGGGACGUGUUCUUGUAUUAACACACCAACUGUUCAUAUUCUUUACUGAACGUGUACACACUAGUUUCAUCAUCAUCAUCAUCAUCAUCAUCACCAGUAGAGUAAUGGACGAAUUGUUUGCGAAAUCCCGCCUGGACGAUCUGUUUAUCAGAAUUAUACUUAUGUUUAGAUGUUUCAACGAACUUUGCAAUUAUUAUGCUUUUUUUUCACCUACACGGUGAAUCAUUAAUUUGCCAUUUGCAUAUCACGUGUUAAUUUUCACCUUUAUUACUUGCCUUUGUAUUGCCUUGUAUAAUAUUUCAUUGCCAUACUUCUCUGUGUAGUUGUGUGUAA